GGGCGUGGCUUCAGAGAUGGCGUCCCUCCUGCAACCCGACAGAGUGCUGUAUCUCGUCCGCGGAGAGAAAAAGAUCCGCGCUCCGCUGUCUCAACUCUAUUUCUGCCGCUAUUGCAGCGAAUUGCGGUCUCUGGAAUGUGUGUCACACGAAGUCGAUUCCCACUACUGUCCCAGCUGUCUGGAGAACAUGCCAUCAGCUGAAGCAAAGCUCAAAAAGAACAGGUGUGCAAACUGCUUUGACUGCCCUUGCUGCAUGCACACCCUGUCCACACGCGCCACCAACAUCCCUGCCCCGCUGCCGGAUGACCCCACCAAGACUGCCAUGAAGAAGGCCUACUACCUGGCCUGUGGGUUCUGCCGCUGGACUUCGCGGGAUGUAGGCAUGGCCGACAAGUCUGUCGCCAGUGGAGGGUGGCAGGAGCCAGAGAACCCCCACACUCAGAGGAUCAAUAAGCUGAUUGAGUAUUAUCAGCAACUGGCUCAGAGAGAGAAGCUGGAGAGGGAUAGGAAGAAACUGGCUCGAAGACGUCCUUUCAUGCCUCAAGCCUUCUCGCAACACACUAUUCACGUGGUGGAGAAGUACGGCCUGGGAACUCGGCUGCAGAGGCAGAGAUCUGGAGCUCCUAUCAGCGCCCUCUAUGGCCUAUCUCUGAAGGAGGGAGAAGAGCAGAAGGAGGUCAGUAUUGAACCUGCUCAGGCUCUGGAUGAGGUGGAGCCUCUGCCUGAAGACUGCUACACAAGGCCCAUUAACCUGCCUGAAGUGACGACUCUUCGCCAGAGGCUGCUCCAGCCAGAUUUCCAGCCAGCGGGAGCCUCUCAGCUGCAUCCCAAACACAAGCAUCUGCUGAUGAAGCGCUCUCUGCGCUGCAGGAAAUGUGAGCACAAUCUGAGCAAGCCGGAGUUCAACCCAACCUCAAUCAAGUUCAAAAUCCAGCUGGUGGCUGUGAGCUACAUCCCUGAAGUGAGAAUCAUGUCCAUUCCAAACCUGCGUCACCUGAAGGAGUCUCAAGUGCUGCUGACGCUUACCAACCCAGUGGAGAGCAUCACCCACGUGGGCCUGUUCACCUGUGAAGAGGGGGAUACUGACGACAUCAACAGCACGGCCAAGGUGAUGGUGCCAGCGAAGGAGCUGGUUCUGGCAGGGAAGGACGCAGCAGCGGAGUAUGACGAGUUGGCUGAACCUCAGGACUUCCAGGAUGACCCAGAUGUGGUGGCCUUCAGGAAGUCCAAUAAGAUCGGCUUCUUCAUCAAAGUGAUUCCGCAGCAGGAGGAGGGUGAUGUCACUGUGGCCUUUAAAAUCCGUCACGAUUUCCGCAACCUAGCAGCCCCCAUCCGGCCCAGCGAAGACGGAGACACACCCAGUGAGGUCAUCUGGCUCACACACCAUGUGGAGCUCAGCCUGGGGCCACUGGUGGCCUGAAUCCACGCACACAGCUUACCUUAGACUCGCGGAGCCGUGGUCUCAUAACGAGAAUACACGUCUGGGGACAACGUGUUAAACACUCGCUGCUGGAUUGUGGCAAAAUCCACUGCAAACAAGGGUACAGUCCUCUAAGAUCUGUCUCCAAAUUCCUAGUUUGUGCUCUUUUAAUGUGCAGAGUGUAAUCAAUAACACAAGCAAAGCAAGCUAGCUAAGGAAACGCUAUCGUUAGCUAAAAUCUGCUUUUUUUCUUUGUGAGAAGUUGUUUAUUUUGUGAAGUGCUCUCCACUCAUGUGACACACACCUCUGUGCUCAUUUGGACUUUUUUGGGACAGCCAUGCUAACUUACAUUACAAUACUAAGCAAACAACAGCCUGUUUUCUUUCUGUGGCUUUGGAUUGGAUUCAUCCUCAGUUUGGUCCCACCCUAAUAAGUCUACGUUCCUAUUUACGUUUAGCCAAAAAAUUGAUCAUUAAGUGCGUUCACAUGCACUUCAUAAUCUAAUAACUGCAGAAAAUUAGAUUUUGUCAGUAAUUGAAUCAACAGGUUUACAUGCACUUGAGUAAUCAGAUAACGGGGAAACUCUGGAUCUGCAUGAGUCAGACAGUGAUCAGAUUUCUGCUUUGCAGCCAGCCAGUAAACUCACAGAAGGUGUGAUGUAAGCGUUUACUUCAAAAUAUGAACAUGCAUCAUCUGAAGAAUGAAGAAUAUUUAAAUCCUUUAUUUCGUGUUUGGCCUCAGUGUCGCUCCAAAAGUGACGCCCGCUGAUUUCCAGUACCCGUGGUCUGUUCUCGCACAUGUGCAGCCUGAGGAAUCCAAAAGAAAUCAGAGGAAGAGUUUACAUGCGCUGCGAAAUCAGAUUACUCAGCCAAAAUCCAGGCCUCUCUGUCAGAUUUCUACAUCGGAAUAUGGUGUUUACACGAGCAUUUGAAAAGCUGCGGAAAUCAGAUUGAGAUCGGAUUAUUGAGUGCAUGUAAACACGCUCGUUGUUUUCCCCAGACGUUCUUGUUAUGAAAUAACAUUUAGCCCCGCAAGACUAAGCUCAGCUUUGGGUCAGUGGGUCUCUCUGAACUGAUACGCACUUAGCCACACAUUCAGACCGAGAUCAGACCGAGAUCUGACUGCUAGUGCAUUAACAAGAAUAUACAGAGGCUGGAGGUGCUGAUGGGCUGAACACAUACAUUUAGUCACAUAAACAUAAACACAUACAUUAGCAUUCAAAAGUUUGGAAUCCGUGCCUUUGAUAAUAUAAAGGCUCAAGUGUAAUUUGGAUUCAUGCAGGUGUAGAAAAUGAUUCUGAUAUGCUCAUCCGGUGCAACAGGGUUCAGAUAAUUAGUAGGAUAGUGGAGCUGCUGGUGAAUCUAAAAUGAAUGAAGCUGUACAGCAUUGAGACUUGAGUUAGUUUAAAAUGAAUAUUCAUCAGAAUUCAAAGUGGAGAUCACAUUAAACUUUAAACAUGUGGUGUAAGUAGAUAACAGUGUAUUAUCCCUUUAUUCACUUCAUGUUCACAGAAUUCCUAGAAUUUUUUUGGUGAGCGAUUUGGAAUAUUUAAAUCCAUGUUGUGUUAGUCUCUAUAUAAAGUAACACACAUAAUUACUGCAGGUGAUUCCACGGGUAGACACCUGUAUAAAACUUGCUUUGACAGUUACAAUUGUGGCCAAUAUUAAGAAUAAAGCAAACAUAUUUUUUGGAUUUUGGUCCCACUUUAUAUUAAGUGUCUCUAAUAACUGUGUAGUUACACAUGAAUAACACAUGCAACAACAUUUUAACUGCUAAUGAUUUAGUCAUUGUUACAGAUGGAUAACAUAAGUACAUCCUAUGUAAUUAAACAUGUAUAUCAACUUCAGUUUUGCCUCCUGUAAUUACACAAGUGUAUCUUAAUAGUUGUAACAGCCUGUUGCAUCUCAUGGAAUUACACAAGGGUAAUAACAUUGAUAUAACUGUUUGUAAUCAGACUGGAAGUGUAACUUAAGCCGCACUACAGAAAGUUCUUGUCUAGAAGAUACACAUAAUAUGUAGUGUAUAUAGUAUGUUAUAUAGCUAUAUUAUACAUAGUAUAAUAACAAGGUCUGCUUCUGUAAUACAUCUGUGACAGGGACUAAAUCAUUAGUAGUUACAAUGUUGUUGCAUAUGUUGUUCAUAUGUAACUACACAGUUAUUAGAGACGCUUAAUAUAAAGUGGAUUUUUAUAUUUGCGAUUAACAAGCAUGGAAACUUUACAUUAAUGAGAACAUUGGCAUUGUGGUGACCGCAGUGAACUGCAUUGCUGAGCUGGUCCACCACUUCAGGUUAAUUCGUUCUAUACUCUCUGAUGCCAGCUUAUUUAACACCUUACUGCAUGUAAGACCUGAUAGGAGUGAGAUUAUCAAGCCUUAGCCAAGGGAACAUGACAUCACGCCACCGCCACGUUAGAUUUUGUAGUGGCUGUAGCUAAUAUAUUCUAACACAACCUGAUUUGUCCAGUUAGUUCUGACCAAAGAGGUUUGUUAAAAUGGGGAAAUGUAUGCACAGACAUCUCCAAGGCAGGUUGUCCCUUGGGCCACAGGCUCUGCAUGUAUAGUGAACAAAAAUGUGGACUGGUGUGGUCCCAGUGUCCAUCCCUGGUGGUUCCAAACUUUUGAAUGCUAUUGUAUAUACACAGAGGCUGGAGCUACAGUUUAAACACACCGUCAACCCCACACCUAUACAUAAACACACGCAGUGCAGCUUGGGGCUAAAAGUGUGAGACGAGCACACAAACCGGAGCGAUUAGUGAUGGGAAGAUGAAAAUCACUUCUGUGAGUGCUGAAUUUCCUCAGUAAUCCAGGUCCACUGGCACUUUCCCACUACACUACUCCCAGAAAUGUCUAUAGUGAAGUAUUUACCUGCAUGCUGUCGUUAGCUUGCCCUCACUAAUUAACCCCCCACCAUCACUGUACAGAACCGGGACUCUUCAGCGAGUGCACAUCAACACCUAUAGGUUCUCUUUUUUUGCUGUUGUCGAUCUCCUCCUUCACAGGCGCGCCGACUGAUGUACUGUAAGGUGUUUUGUUGCUUUUUCAGCGCAGCGCUCUGCUGAAUACUAACACGCUGCUCAGUCAUCGGUUGUAAAUGGUGAAACGUAUCGAUUCUGUGUUAAAAGUAUAGACGAUGAAGACCAGUGCUGAAGCUCGGUGUAUUAAUUCUCUGCUACAAUCUGAAGACUGGAACACUUUAGGAAUCUUUUUCUGAUGUUUCUUUGUGUGAGAAUCCUCAACUCUGUAGUUCAAGAGAGCCUUGAAAUGUGGUUCACUAAUAAAACUGAGAUUAAAACAACC